AUGUUAUAUCGUACAGUUGACUAUCUUCCUAAGUCGUUUGAUGCGGCACCGAUCAAUUCUGCAACUGCCAUGGCUCUUCCAUUACAGGCGGCUUUCUAUGUUCCUCCAUCCUCCUCACUGGUUGUUCCUCUUAAAGUCAAAGAGAUGAUGGUUUCUGAUGUAUUUCAGUACGAUGCCCGGCUUAACUUUGUACAUUGGAGAGACACUCGUGACCCUUCCCUCCUCAGGUGGAAGAGAGCUCCUUCGACAGUGUUCAGAGGCCUCGCAUCUGGCACUCUUAAAUUCCAGCCCUACUUCCUCCCAGUGUGUAAUCCAGCCCCUGUAGUAGAUCCUGGAGUCUCUUUUGCGCCGCUGGUGGAUCAAUUUUGUCUGCACGAUGGCCAAUCCCUUAGAAACGCUCAGGCUUCCGCCAAAACAUUUCGUCUGUCUGUACUGUCGUCGGUGGAACAGCCCUUGGUCUUGCAAAAUGUCUCUGCUGCUAAUUGGAAAUUCUUUUGGUCCCUGUCUCUUACCUACAUUCAACGUAAUGUGAUAUACCGAUUCAUCGCAGGCUGUAUCCAUUCUAGAAGCAGAUUACACUACAUGAUGCCUGCAUUUUUCGAGUCCCACAAUUGUCCUGUCUGCUUGUCCCCCAAUGAAACUGCCAGCCACCUGCUCUUUGACUGUCCAUCCAAAGAAAAGGUAUGGCAAGGCGUCAUUUUUGAGUUCCUAUGGCCCACCACGUCCAUCACUGACAUCAAAGAGGCUCUUCUGUCCCUAGACUUUUCAGAUAUCUGGUACUCCCAAGUCAAAGGCAUCCAUCCAUACAGAAUCCUACUCAUCACCCUGUCUCAAAUAUGGCUAGCCCAUAUGCGCUUUGUUUUUGACGGCACUAUCUUUGUCCCUGAGGCGAUUCUGGUACAUAUCCACUCCACUGUCCGACAGACAGUGGAUGAAGAUCAAAUCCAUUCCCUCUUGUAA